AUAAUGGAAACGAUGAAGAAUGGCAAGAUCAGCGUUAUGAGCAAAUCUCGUUUUACGAUUCCAAUGAAAUUGGAUUUAAACAUGCAACCGGAUAACAAGAGAUUCUGUACAUUUCAGACUGCACCAAACUCUGGUCUACUUUUGAUUCGUUUUCAUCUUUUUCUUCUAUUUUUCUCUCUUCCAAUCUCUUACAUGAUAAAAGUGGCGCUGGGAUCUUUCCGUCAGAUUAAAUAAUGGAAAAUAAAAAGCUGAAAACCAGGAGGAGGUAAAAUGAAAGGGAGAUAAAGUGAGAAACUUGAAGGAGAGAAAAUCUAAAGGAUCUGUUCAUGCCUUUUUUUGCUGCUUAUUAAUAUUUGUCCAGUAACGGUUUUUGUUUUCUUGUAAGGUAAUCCCAAUCAAAACCAUCUUGUUUACCUAUUUUUAAUCAUGUUGACAUUGAUAGAUUAUCAACUUUGAUAGUCACUUGUCUCAGCUUACACUACCUGAAUUUAUUUGUGAUGCUUUCUUUAUAAUCUUGAGUUACUUGUUAAAAAAUCAACACCACUAUCAACACUGCCAACAUCGUCAACAUCAUUGUGUAAAAAGGUUCCCUGUUGACUACCACCCUAUCUGACCAAUUAAUCUGGUCAAUUGUGCCAUUGUUUCUAUUCAGUUGGACUGAUUAUUUCCCUGGAUCGUCGGACUGUGACGGAUCUCAUUACCUGAGUAACAGAGAAAAGUGAAAGUUAGAAGAUGAAAGUAAAUACAAAGAAUUUUUAAUGAUUUUCCAUUUCUCUUUCACAUCGUCCUCAUCACUAACAUCAUUACCAUCAUACCCAUUGUCAUUAAAUGUUUCCACGAACUGUAUUCCUUUUUCUUUCAUGAUUACAAUUUAAUAUUUACCUUCUAAUAAUUUUGACAAUUUGUUUUUGAUGAAAAAUGUGUUGAAACGCUUGGUUGAUACAUCUAAAUAGUGAUUAUUUUAUUUGUGCAUAUGCUCACAACCAUUGAACCGUUAUCAUCUAUUGUCAAAUGAAUUUCAAUAAUUCAACUUGAUCACCAGAAUUUCUUUGGGAAAAAAUCUUGUCAAAGUAAACAACAAAAGAAAAACAUUCACAAUCAAAGCCAUAAUCACACUCAUUAUCAUUAUAACAAGUUGAUAGAGAAGAGUGAAAGUAGACCAACAUUGAAAGUGCUUCAAAGCCUCAUCUCGUUCCAAGCUAAUUGUUCACCAUGCAUCACCAAAGGGUUAUAUCAGUUAUUAUUUUUUUCACAUACUUAGCUUCCAGUUGUUCAGGACAAAUUCAACAAUCUCAAACCUGUGGAUAUGAGUCUUGUCCACCCAUUAAAGAUGGGGUUAUCAAUGUACACAUUGUUUGUCAUAGCCACAUGGACACAGGAUGGGUAAUCACUUAUGAUGAAUAUUACCAAAAAUAUGUUCGUGAAAUUUAUAAUUCCGUGUUGAGUGAACUUCGCAAAGCACGAGAUCGAAAAUUUAUCGCUGUAGAAACAUCAUUCUUUUCGACCUGGUACAAUGAACUCAAUGAACCAAGUCAGGCCCAGGUCAAGCAGCUUGUCGCUGAUGGACAAUUGGAAUUUAUUAGUGGUGGUUGGUCCAUGAAUGACGAAGCAUGUCCAUUGUAUUCUGGAAUAAUAAAUCAGAUGACUUUGGGUCAUAAAUGGUUGAAUGAAACUUUUGGCGAAUGUGGUGUGCCUAGGAUUGGUUGGCAAAUUGAUUCAUUUGGACAUUCAAGGGAAUUCGCGUCAAUUUUAUCUCAAAUGGGUUACGAUGGUUUAUUUUUGGGACGAGUUGACUACCAAGAUAAAGAGGUUCGAACAAACCACCGUAAUCUUGAAUUUAUCUGGAAAUCAAGUCCUUCCAUUGGUAAACGGUCUGAUCUUUUCACAAGCAUUUUACCCAACGUUUAUUGGCCACCCAAAAAUUUUUGCUUCGAUUAUAAUUGUUAUGAUGAACCAGUAACAGAAUACAAUGCGCCCAGACGUGCUCGUGAAUUUAUUGAUAGAGUUAUUCGUCCCUACUCUAAAAUGUAUGCAACCAACAAUACAAUUAUAACCAUGGGAAUGGACUUUUACUAUCGUGAUGCUUACAAAUGGUAUUCCAAUCUUGACUUGUUGAUGCAAGCUGUUAACAAUAUCGGUUCUCGUGAAGGAAUCCACAUGUUUUACUCUACACCUUCCUGUUAUCUUAAAUCAUUAUAUGAUGCUCAAGUUACUUGGCCUGUUAAAGCUGAUGAUUUUUUCCCGUAUGCCGAUGCUUAUAAUACUUAUUGGACUGGCUAUUUUAGUUCGCGACCCACGUUGAAACAAUUUAUGCGUUAUUCUGAAAGUCUUUUGGCUAUUGCUAAACAACUCAACGUUUUAUCACUUCUAGGAAUGGAACAGAGUAAAUUACAUGCACCUUUGGAACAAGUUCUUGGUAUUCUUCAUCAUCAUGAUGCUAUUACUGGAACUUGCAAGCAACGAGUUGCUGAUGAUUAUGCUAAACAAUUACAUGAAGGAAUAAAACGGGUUGAAGAAUCAAUUGUUGCUUCCAUGAAUCGCAUUCUUUUCCCUAGAGGACCUCUCCAUUCAGAACCUAUUCAUUUUUGCCAUUUACUUAAUCACUCACAUUGCGAGGUUGUUCAAAAAAUGUCCAGUGUUUCCGCAAAUAAUAUUUUGGUUCAUGUGUUUAAUCCAUUAUCAACUCCAGUAAAACAUUAUAUUAAAUUGCCUGUUGAUAGAGGGUUAUAUGAAGUUUUUGCAAGUGAUCGGUCAAGUGUUGAUCAUCAGUUAUUACAUUUAGCUGAUUCAGUACGGAGCCUACCCCAUCGAUCAGUUGAUACACCCUAUGAAUUGUUAUUUAGAGCCACUCUACCAGCUCUUGGUUACACUACUUACUUAAUACGCAAGAUAAAUGGUCCUGACUUUGCUCCACCAAGGCGUUUAACUGGACCCGCCGAGAACUCAGGUGAAGUCGUUAUUGAAAACAAUAAAAUGGCUUUAGUAUUCAAUCCAUCAACUGGCCUCUUGCAGGAAAUUAUUCUCAGUGAUGGUCGAAGAGUUCCUUUCAAGCAAAAUUUCCACCUUUACCGAGGCUCUAGCGGAAGUUAUACAGAAAAGGCAUCCGGAGCAUAUGCGUUUAACCCUACAUCAGAUGGUUCCAGCCCGGCUACUAAUAAAGUUACUUAUCAUGUAUCUAAAGGUGAUUUAGUUGAAGAAGUACAUCAAGUUUUCAAUGAAUAUAUUAGCCAAACAAUUCGACUCCAUCAACAUAGUGAUUCCAUUGAAUUUGAUUGGGUUAUUGGGCCGAUACCGAAAGGUAAUUGGUAUUCUGACUUAGGAAGAGAAAUUGUUACCCGAUAUGAAACUGAUUUCCACACAAAUGGAACCUGGUGGACGGAUUCUAAUGGUAGAGAGGCUAUCAGAAGAACCCGUGAUCAUCGACCAACAUGGAAUCUAAUCACCACAGAAAACGUAGCGGCUAAUUAUUAUCCUAUUUCUACCUGGACUUUUAUUCGUGAUUAUGAUCGCAAUCUACAAUUAACUGUAUUACCUGAUCGAGCUGAAGGAGGUGCCAGUUUAACUGAUGGGGCUCUUGAAUUGAUGGUUCAUCGUCGAUUAUUUUAUGAUGAUGGAUUUGGAAUGGAAGAAGCUCUAGAUGAACCUGGAUCUGAUGCUAAAGGUUUAAUUGUGAAGGGUCGCCAUCACGUUAUUUUGAAUGAUAUUCGUCCAAGUGUUCAAAAGAUAAGAACAAUGUCAAAACAAUUGGCCCUUCCACCUUUAACCAUGUUCAGAGCUCUCACUGAUCCAGGAAUCUAUCAUCUGAACCGUCCUGAAAGAUUUGACUUCAGUGGACUUCACCGUAAAUUACCAAUUAAUAUUCAUCUUUUGAGUCUGGAAAGAUGGGAUGAUAAUAAAUUGCUGAUUAGAUUAGAACACUUUUUUGAGGUUAACGAAGAUCUCAAGUUUUCUCGACCUCGUAGAGUUUCAUUAAGAGAUAUUUUUGAUCCACUUCGCAUAACUUCUGCUCAAGAAGUUACUCUCAAUGUGGUUCAAGAUCGUCGAGCAGCUGAAAAGCGUAGAUUACGCUUCGUCUCACGUUUCGACCCUUAUUUCAACUAUACAAAUUUGCUCAGUCAAAUUGAUCCAAAUGACCAAAGUAACCAUAGUGAUGGUCAAGAACCCUUAAUUGUGAUCCUUUAUCCAAUGGAUAUCAAAAGUUAUCUAGUUACCUUUGAAGCUAAGCGUAUAUGCUUUGGUUCAUCUUACUCUGCAAGAGGUCAAAAUAGAGCGAGAAGUUACCCAUGCUAAUCAAAGACAUAUCAUUUUAUAAUAAAUAAUCGUGUAAAUUAAUUUUGUGACAAAAAACAAUUUGAAUUGGUAUUCAGCAGUCAAAAGAUAAUUUUAUAACAUGACUUCAAAGUGAUUUAUACAAUCUUUUGUUUCUGUGUUGAAUCAAAUUUUUCGUACCAAUCAAAAGUUAAUCAAUAGUAAACCUGUACUCUAUGAAACUCAAAAAUUAAUAUAUGAUGAGAAAAAUCGUGACAAUACGAAGCUUUGGAACUGAAUAAAUAUUCAGAUCCAUCUCUAUAAACGAAAUUAUGCCAUUAAAUCUCGAUUUUUCCAAGUUGUUAUCAUUCUUAA